GUCUUUGACAUUGCUAAUAAGGAUGGGAAUUCAUUGGAUUCAAGAAUCGAUUCUUUAUGUCCUGGAGGCCAGUGGUAUAGAUUUGGCCAAUUUUAAAAUAUUAUUAUGCACGUUACUAUCGUUCCCCUUCAGUGGAAUCUACAAACGUUUACCUGAUCAUAGGUACACCAUGAAAAACAUUUAUAUUGUUCUGGUAUCAUCAUUUUAUGUGUUUUUCAUCUUGGAGUUAUAUCUGGGGUUAGCUUCGUUGAUGGGGGCUUCUCUAGGUACUUACUUCAUCACCAGAUAUCUCCGGACAGACUCAAUGCCUUGGGUUAACUUUGUGUUUUUAAUGUUGUACUUAAGUUACCAUCACAUUCGGGAGCAGUUCUUCCUGGUUUAUGAUCCCCAUGUUGUUGAUAUCACUGGAGCUCUCAUGGUGAUGGUAAUGAAAUUGUCAUCUUUUGGUUGGAGCGUUCACGAUGGAAGAAAUUCAAAAGACUUACUUACCUCCUACACUAAGUCAAGAAUUAUCAAGAAACACCCUAAUUUAUUACCAUAUUUGGGGUAUGCGUUCUUUUAUGCGUCCUUGUUGACAGGACCUGCCUUUGACUACGCUGACUAUGACAGGUUCAUUCAUAAUACAUUGUUUGAAGACGUACCUGAAUCAAGAAGACCGGGUAAGAGAAAGAGAAGAAUCCCACGAAGUGGAAGAGCAGCCUUGAAAAAAACUCUUCAGGGAUUCUUUUGGGCAUUUUUGUUCACACAGGCCCCCAAGUUCGUUACGCUUGAAUACGUGUUUCAGCCCGAGUUUGUACAGCAACAUGGAUUUAUCUACAGAAUAUUUUACCUUUGGGUGUUGUACGUUUCUUACAGAUUGAAGUACUAUACAAUCUGGCUCAUCGCCGAAGGGGCGUGUAUUCUUUGUGGGAUUGGUUACAAUGGAUAUGAUAGUCAAACAGAUAGCUUUAAAUGGGAUAGAGUGCAAAACAUUGAUCCUUGGGCUUUUGAAACUGGUCAAAACGUCCACACUUGCUUGGAGGCCUGGAACAUGAACACAAACAAAUGGUUGAAGCACUUUAUUUACAUGAGGCUCGCCAAGAAGGGCAAGAAACCCGGAUUUAAGAGUACUUUGGCUACUUUUGCAACCAGUGCGUUUUGGCAUGGAACCAGACCCGGUUACUAUAUGACUUUUAUUAUGGGAGCGUUCCUUCAAACAGUGGGAAAGAUAUUCCGCCGGAACUUCAGACCGAUUUUUGUUGAUAAGGAUGGCAACAAAUCCAAAGCUAAACCUUUGUACGAUGUCACAUGUUACUUUGUCACUCAGCUUGCCUUUUCAUUUGUUACUCAACCAUUUGCUAUACUCGAGUUCUCCAAGUCGUGGCACUGUUGGUCAACUGUUAAUUAUUAUGUGAUCAUUGGAACUGCCUUAACAUUCUUGGUAUUUAGAGGUCCUUGGAGUCAUCAAGUGACUAAAUUCCUUUCCAAGUACCAUAUGAGUGCACCAAAGCCUAUUCACAGAGACUCUCAAUUCAACAAAACAGAAUCCGAAAAGGUUGCCAGAGCAUUGAAUUCCUACAUUUCAAGGGACAGAGACCUUGUGGAUUCACCUACCUUGGGUGUUCCUUCGUUGGACUAUCUCGAGAGUUUUGAAGGAAAAGAUAUCGAUGAGGAAUUGAAAGAAUUGGUAGAGACAUGGUAUAAAUUCAAAGAGACCAAGGGUGAUUUGGGAUUGAAAGUCGCCUAUAACAACUUUGUGGCCGAGAUCCAAAGAAUUGUGUCAGAUACAAGAGCACAAGCAUCAGAAGUUAUUGACUCAAAAAAACAGCAAUAAUUUAAUGUAUAUAUGCCUAUGUCAUAGUUGUGUGCGCACCCCAUAGUUUGAAAGUAUAAAUUUGAAGCAAUCACUGAU